CGGCGGCGGCUCCCCUCCCCCCGGCUGUCAUUCAGAGGCGGAGCUCCGCGCCUCUCUCCUCCUCUCCGUGUGUCCGUGGCCGGCCGGAUGGCUGUCCUACUCCAGGCCGGGGCUUUGGCCGGGUCUCAGCGGCUUGUGUAUUUCUCUUCACCGGCUGCCGGUGCAGACAAUGUGCUUAUGGCGGCAAGCAUGGAUAAUUGGAAAUGAGCUGCAAUGGAAACUCCUUCGUCAGAGUGAACAGCGAAUCUUCAUCUGGGAUCAAAAUGAGUGACGUGCAGGCGACUGUGGAGUUUUCAGUGGAGCUCCAGAAGUUUUACAACGUAGACCUAUUUCAGAGAGGAUUUUACCAGCUCCGAGCAUCUAUGAAAAUUCCACCGCGCAUUCCACACAGAAUAGAAGCGAGUCUUCUGCGCGUAACAGGUGACGACUUGGCCUUCCCAGCAUCGGUGCAAGAUACUGUUGUCUGCAGUAAAAUUUUCCAAAUUUUGUACAAAAAUGAGGAGGUAGCCGUCAAUGAUGUGAUGAACUUCAAAGUUAAGAUGCUUCUGGAUGAAAGGAAGAUUGAGGAGACGUUGAAUGAACUGGUGUUUCAGCUUUCCAUUGACCUGUAUUUCACAGACACUGACUAUUCACCAAAUGACCCAAACGCCUUGCAACUAAUUAGUAGUCGAAAUUUAAAGUUGCACUUUAACCUACAUAGAGGCCUUCAUCACCACAUCAAUUUAAUGUUUGAUUACUUUCACCUCUCAGUCAUAUCUAUUGUAGUUCAUGGGUCCUUGGUUGCGCUGCAUCAGCCACUCAUCAGCUUUCACCGUGCAAUGAAGAAUACCUGGCUGAACCGAAAUGCUCCAGCCCAGAGCAAGGAGUCCGCGAUCCCAACACUGGAAAGUGUGGUGUUCGGCAGCAACUACACAAAGCAGCUGUCUGCAGAUGGGAACAGCUUUGUGGUCCAGGAAUGUUUCCUACAGCAUGCCUACAACCUUCACUAUACACUCUGUGCCUGUUUGCUGUCGUCAUUUAAGGGGUUAUACAGUUAUUUCAUGACUGUAACUAAGGAGCUGCCCUCUUCACUAAAGCUGGAGUUGGCCAAGCCCCGCAUGCAGGUCCUUUAUGAACGUCUUCUCAGAAGAAAAUACCCGUGGCCCGCAAGAGACGACGCUCUGGAAAAAAUUGAUGUGGACGCCCGUCUCGCAGAACUGUGUGAGGAUGUUAAGAAAAUGGAUAAUCCUGACGAAUUGGCAGAACUGAUUAAUAUGAACCUGGCACAGCUUUGUUCACUGCUGAUGGCGCUUUGGGGACAGUUUCUUGAAGUCAUCGUUUUGCAAGAUGAAAUCACAAGCAUUGUCGCACAGGAACAUCACAUGCUGAGAGUCCGUAGAUUUGCAGAAGCUUUCUUUUGCCUUGAGCAUCCUAGACAAGCAGCCCUGGCAUACCAAGAACUGCACGCCCAAAGUCACCUCCAAAUGUCAACUGCUAUAAAGAGUUCCACUUACUUCAGUUCUCUUCCACCUCUGCCCAUAGAGUGUUGUGAGCUGGACGGAGACUUUAACUCUCUGCCAAUUAUUUUUGAAGAUAGGUAUUUAGAUUACAUUACAGAAGAUUUAGAUGGGCCUUGGCUUGGUGCUAAUAACCUUCAAAAAUCGGAUUCUAAUAAAAUAGAGAAAGCUGACAGUGAAGAUGGAUACGUUUAUGGUCUUGUCAGCCCAGAGCUAAAAGUCGCUUCUGAAGUUUCUGCUCCACACUGGUGUCUUGAAGGUUCUCCCAGCACACAACAGUCAGGUACUGUGGUCGCGAAAAUGGACAGUGUGCCUCAACAAGCUGAAAGGGGCAGUGUUGGUCAACCCACAGGACCUUCAGGAGUCAGGACAAUAGAGGUUAAGCCAAGUACCAAGAACUCCUAUGAAGGUGAAAAAGUAACUGUUAUAUUUUCCUCCAAGUCUGAGGUAUUGCGAGAUGUUACCAUUAAGGAUGGAAUUCCAGGACAUGGGUUUCCUGCUUUGCCUGGUGGAGUAACACCAUUACAGGAGACAGAUUCAGUGUUUGAAAAGGAUGUGGCAGUAGCUACAAAUAUAAAAUUAUCAGGAAAUGGAGACUCACUCUUGAAGCUAAAAAACCAGCCACAUCCUACCUCAAAAGAGAUCCACAUAGUAGUGAGUGGGGAUACAAUAAAGUUACCUGAUCUUAGCAUUACCUGUGCAUCUUCAAGAUUUUCCGAUUCCGGUGUAGAAAGUGAACCAAGCUCUUUUGCGACUCAUCCAAAUCCAGAAUGCUGCUUGGAAAAUGUAAUAGAGCAUGGUCCUGUUUCAUCUGAUAAAGUAUUUUCACAGUUAUUGCUCAAACCAGAAUCUAAUCUGAAAACUACUGUUGAGAGCCACUGUACAGAAAGCACGAGUGCCCUAAGUGAAAUCCAGUCGUCUUUGACAUCUAUUAAUUCCUUGCCAUCCGAUGAUGAACUUUCACCAGAUGAAAGUUCAAAGAUCUCAGUUGUACCUGAGAACCUGGUGAAAGAUAGCAAGACUGUCCUAGACUUGGGGAGUGUUGAUGUGCCAAAGUUUGAUCUUAAAAAGUCCAACAUUCUCACACAGCCUCAAUGCGUUGUGUUUUCAGAAAGUGAAAAUAUCCCAGUGCAUUCCUCCCUUUCAAGCAUCAGAGACCUAUUCCAGUUUGCUAUUUCUGAUGAGGAAACUCCAAAUGAAGUAAAGAGUAUUCCGGUUCCACUGCCAGGUUCUAUAACCACUUUUCGAGAACCUCAAAUUCCAGAAACCGUACUUUAUAGCUCCCGUGUUUCACUUGAUCCAGAGGUUAUUGUGGUUGGAGAACAAUCUGUGGUUUCUGGUUCAGUUGUUAUUGAUGAUGAGUAUAUUGGUGUGGAACCAAAAGAUACUAAGCAGGACUUGUCUGAAGCCGUGAGUAGAAGUCCUCCUGCUGCUAAACUCACUUCUACAAACAGCACAGACAUUGUGAAACAAGGUUUGGUUGAAAAUUAUUUUGGUUCUCAAAGUAGCACUGAUAUUUCUGAAAUCAGCCCUGCAGAUGAUCUUAAAUAUGUUACUCCUGAAAAAGAACUUUCAAAUUUGCAGUCAACUGGCCCACUUCUGCAAGAUGAUGAUGAUGAGGAGGAACAGGAUGAAGAAAUGAUUGAAAAUGGCUAUUAUGAGGAAACUGAUGGCCCACUAUACAAGUCAGAAGAUCCUGAAUGUGAAGUUAUCCAUGAUUCAGCAAAUAACAAAUGUUUAAGAUCUGAACACAUUGGUUCUGAAUAUUUUAAAGAUGCCAUGACCAUGCCAGGAGUUUGCACGACUAGCUGUUUAUCCUUUUCCUAUACAUUAAAAGACUCCCCUUGUGGCACUGCAUUUACUCUAAGGAAUACAUCUGAUACUAUUACAAAGCAACCAGGUGGUGCAGUGUUUGACACGUCAACAUCUAUUGCUUGGUAUGAAAGCUCUCCAAAACCAUUAAUGCUAGCAUUCCUGCAGGCCAAAGAAGAACUGAAGCAGUUGCGACUCCCAGGUUUUUUGUAUAGCGAUGUGCCUCAUUUGGCAUCCACAGUUCCAUACUUCAGCACUGAGGAGGAUGACAGCUCUGAUGAGGGAAUCCAUUUGAUUGUCUGUGUCCAUGGACUAGAUGGUAAUAGCGCUGACCUUCGGUUGGUAAGAACAUACAUAGAACUUGGACUUCCUGGGGGGCGAAAAGAUUUCCUUAUGUCGGAGAGAAACCAGAAUGACACCUUUGCUGACUUUGAUUCAAUGACCGAUCGUCUCCUAGAUGAAAUUAUACAGUAUAUCCAAAUAUACAAUCUAGCCAUUUCCAGGAUCAGCUUUAUAGGUCACUCCUUAGGAAACCUAAUCAUAAGGUCUGUGCUUUCAAGACCGAGAUUCAAAUGCUACCUUGGCAAGUUGCACACUUUCCUGUCCUUAUCCGGUCCGCAUUUAGGUACCCUUUACAACAGCAGUGCCCUUGUUAAUACAGGCUUGUGGUUCAUGCAGAAGUGGAAAAAGUCGGGCUCACUUUUACAGCUAACGUGCAGAGAUCACUCUGAUCCUCGUCAGACCUUCUUGUACAAGCUAAGCAAGAAAGCAGGGCUGGAACACUUCAGAAAUGUUGUUCUGGUCAGUUCCUUACAGGAUCGAUAUGUUCCUUACCACUCAGCUCGUAUUGAGAUGUGCAAAACUGCUCUUAAGGACAAACAGUCAGGACCAGUGUAUGCGGAAAUGAUCCAAAACAUCCUCUUGCCUGUUCUGCAGAAUAAAGACUGCAAUCUAGUGCGAUACGACGUCAUUCACGCGUUACCUAACACAGCAAACUCUCUCAUCGGGCGAGCAGCCCACAUUGCGGUUCUUGAUUCUGAAGUCUUUUUAGAGAAAUUUUUUCUGGUUGCUGGCCUCCGAUAUUUCCAGUAGAAAGAGGACAUUUCCAGACAUUUAUGUAAUACCUCAUUGACAAUGAUUCUCAAAGUAUGUGGUAAUAAAGUGUUAGCUGCCAUUGUAUUUUGAGCUGUAUUUAUAUGUUCUUGGGUUUUCAUUUUUUCCCUUUUUUUUCCUUUUACUGGAAAAUAAUUUAUAUCAUCCAAUUUGUGAGUACAGGUGCAGUGUAGAUUUGUUAUUUAUAUCUAUGGAGACUCUUGCCACCUCCUCUGAUUCCUAUGGUUUAAUUCCUUUUUUUUUUCUUCAAAAAAUGAAUUCUAAUGCUAUUUGUAAAUCUUCCAGGUUUUUAUGGAUUCUUCAUGAAGUUUAGUCUGCACCAUUAUCUGGGUGUGCCGCUUCUGCCAGUUUACUUAGAAAGUUGCUUAACCACCCUGAAAAGUUUGCUGACACGAUGAGUGAGGUCAGCUGGCCUGACCACAUAACAUGUAAUAUUGUACAUCAUUUUCCUCCUCCAGUCAUGUAUUGCUGGCUCGAAAGGUUAUGGUCUUAAAUGAUUUCUUUCCAUUGAUUAUGUCAUUGACCAUUCAUCUAAGCCAGUGUUUCCCAACCAGUGUGCCUCCAGCUGUUGCAAAAACUACAACUCCCAGCAUGCCCGCACAGCCAAAGGCUGUCCAGGCAUGCUGGGAGUUGUAGUUUUGCAACAGCUGGAGGCACACUGGUUGGAAAACACUGAUCUAAGCCACGGUAAACCAGCGUGACAGUGCGGAGCUGUCCUUCAUGUACCAAAGUUACCUAAAUGCUUGCUCUGUAAACAAUGGUGACCCUUGCAUGAUACCAUAGACCCUCUACACUGCCGACAUUAAGAAGAUGAGCUUAAACAGAUUUUGCACUAAUUCACUCAUUAUUUGGCAUCAUUGUUUCUGUAGUCAACGGUAUAGUGAUGGUUGGGUAUAUCUACCAGUUGGAGACAAGACUUGGCAGCACCUUCUAUUGCUUUUAUGAUGAUGCUAUAAAUGCCAUUGUAGUGAAUAAGAUUAAAUCAAAUCCUAUUCACACUUUCUUAUGGCUAGGUCUACACGACAACAUUUGUCGCGCAACAACUUUUAUAAUGGUAGUCUAUGGUGUCGCAUUGUAACAUGUGACAUGCUUGGACUGCAACGUUACCAUUAUAAAAAUUGUUGUGCGA